GACUCGUCAACGACGUUGGUGCCAUGAGCUGUUUCAAGCCUGAAUGAAAGGCCAUAAGCCUACUGAUACUUGUUCAAUGGAAGGCGGGCCUUCCAGGUGCAAGCAGAUCUACGAAGUUGAGAAGCCGCAUGGGAUUGGUCCCACUUCCUCGUCACAUGAAGACGCGUGGCAUACAUUGCAGGUUAUUCUCAGUAUAUCGAUAUCAUUUUACAAGCUGCACUGAAGUACUAAGAUCGGUUCGCGCAAGAAUGCGUCUAUAUACGCGACCGCUCGGAGCGCUGUUGGUGGCGUCCUUGCUUGUGGCAACAUUAGCCCAGUCUGGACCUGGUGGAGGUCAGGGCGGCCAGGGAGGGCGGGGGGAAGGUGAAGGCAACCAGUUCCCACGCCCGCCUGCUCCCAUGGGCAGCAGCCCGCGCCCCGACGACAGCGGUCCCGGCCCUCAGGGUGGCCCCGGUGGGCCAGGCCAAGGUCAAGGCCAAGGCCAAGGUCAGGGUCAGGGACAGGGCCAAGGCCAAGGUCAGGGUCAGGGACAGGGCGGCAAGCCUGAUGACAGCAACCGCCCCCGCGGCGACGCCGAUCGCCCACGCAACUGGGGCGCGCCCAACGACCGCGGCGAGACGGAGUUCGAUGACCGCAAGUCGCCACGCAAGAUUGGCUUCCUGGGCAAGUCGCCCAACGUGCGCAUCUACCCCAACUACUCCGACCCCUCCAUCUACCUGCAACUGCGCUUCGGCCGCGUGGCGGAGCUGGACGCAGCCGGCCGCCCUGUGCCCGGCCACGUCAUCCCCUCCAUGGCGCAGGUGGGCGCAGUCAACUUCACCAGCGCCAACAUCACCCUCAACAGCACCAAUGGCGUCAUGGUGAACAUGUCCAGUGUCAACGUGACCCUGCUUCCCUUCGACCGGCCUGGCUUCUUCCCGGACUGCCGCCCGCCCCCCGCCAACGGCUCGGAUGACGGCGGCUCGGACGGCGGCGCGCGCCCGCCCCGCUCGCCCAUGCCACCCAAGCCCGCCGGCUCCCGCCGCCUGCUGCAGACGACGCCUGCGCCGCCGCCACCGCCGCCGCGUGUGGACAUCUCGCUGCUGUUCGGCCUGGAUGAUGACUACUCAGUGGCCUAUGGGAACGAGACCGUGUAUGUGCCCAAGAACGGCCUCAAGUGGAGUGUCUCGGUGCGCGACUGGCCCUGGUGCAACCUCACCAACACACUGGCAGUGUCGCUGGACCUCUUCCUCGCCAACAACGCCACCGCCAACUACACCAGCGCCAACGGCGCGGGCGGCGCCUCGGGGCUGCGCAUUUCUCUGGGUGAUGCCUACACCGCCUCGCUGGCCUUCCUGCCGUACGCCCUGGAGUCCCCAAACGGCACCACCCGCAUGCCCAUAAACCUUUCCGUCAACAAGGCCAACGCGACCGAUGAGGACCCUGCCCGCACCACCCUGAUGAUGAAGCUUCCCAACCCCCAGAAUUACAACAAGACCAGCCUCUUUUACGACCCCACCCAGACGACCACCUCGGCCUACCUUACCACAAAUGACACCAGUAAUGUCGACAUUGCGUCCACCAUCUCCGCCGCCAUCUCCACCAUUGCGUCGCCUCCCCCCAGUCCCCCGGGCGGCUCAGCGUCGGGCGUGCGUGUGAGCAUGUGGGCGGCGCUUGGCACGGUGCUGCUGGGCGCCCUCAUGCUGUAAGGCUGCUGUCUGGUGCGGGGUAUGGCUGGCUGAGAGCUGGCGGAGGGAAGGCGGACCUGAUUAUGCAAAGGCGCCCCUAUCUAUUGCGCAACGCAGCAGUCGGCACAAACCAUGUGCAGCAUAUGGAACUGCGUGUGUGUCACGCUUGGAGUGCUUUGCUGAAGAUGAUAAGCCAUAGUUACGAUAUGAGGAAAGCAGCUUGCAGCGCGGAUGUUCAUGUUAUUUAUCCAUAUGCGUCGCUUGAUGAAGCGUCGCUCGUAUAUUCAUGGCACUGUACAUCAUUCCUUUCACCAGCUGCUGGAUGUGUUGGUGAUACCCAACACGCAUGCCGAGCAAGCGGUCAAGACGUUGCUCGAUCGGUGACAAGGGCCAGGGUGUUACCACUUGCUUGCACUGCAUGAUUAGGGAGCCGCGCGCGGAAUGCAACUCGAGGCAGCAUACAGCGUUAUUCAUGCAUGUGUGUGCUUUUUUUAAGGUGAAGGUUUGGCUGCUGCGUAAGUUAUACCAAGCCCGCAUGGACGAGAGAAGCAACGGAAAGCGCCGAGAGUGUGCGUUUGGAAGAUAGGCCUGCUGCGUUUUUGGGGCGCGCCAUACUGAACAGUACAUGCGUCCGGUUGUGGAGGGCAAACGUGGCUGGGGCAAACAUGCGUGUGGGGCAAACGUGUUUGUGACUGUACGAAUGUAUAUGCGGCUGGAUGUCCCGUCGCGUCGACAGUGACCACGUCAGGGUGUGCGUGUGAGCCGGAUGGGGCUAGGUCCAGCAGGCGGGAGUCAGUGAGUAACGCUUGUUAACAUUUCGCCGUCGCGCACCAGCCCACCAGCCAUUGGCGUAAUUUGUGUCAAACCCGCCAAGCGCUGCCUUGCAAUGCGUGCUGUGUGAUAAGGAAAGUUACAGACUAUUGCGUGCAGAAGGGCCCGUGGUAAGGGAGCAUGAACACAGGCAGCAUUCGAUGGCCCCUGCGUGCGUGCACGCUCGGGUUGUC